AUGCAUCGUAUAAAAGAUCGCCUCAUAAGUGCUUCUCCAAACCAGAUUUUCUUAGUGCCUUACAAUGCAUCUGCUCAUUGGGUAUUAACUGUGAUCGAUCCGGACAAUGACAUUGUCUAUUUCAUGGAUCCAUUAAAAAGACGCCUUGGAGGUAACGGAGAAUGGAAAGAUAUUGUUGACACUGCCAUAUCAAUGUUUAGAGCGGACCGCAACAAGAAAGGACGAGGUUUUCCUCAAUGGAAGAACAUGGCAGGUAUUCCAUCACAGCCAAAUGACAAACAGUGUGGCUAUUUUGUGAUGAGAUAUAUGAGGGACAUCAUACAUGAUACAAACUUGGGUUUUGCAGAAAAGUGGGGUAGGAGAGCUAACCAUGUUUAUAGUCAAGUGGAAAUUGAUGAAGUCCGUAAUGAGCUCGCAAGUUAUGUGUUGAAGAACAUCCUGAAGUUGUAAAGUCUGCAGUUGCUCAUGGCCUACGCCCUCUAAUGUGAAAUAGGCAAGAAAUGUGUUUUUGUGGUCUGAAGUGAUGAUUUAAAGUACAUUUCUUCACUUAUUUUGCCAUUGGAGUAGCAUAUAUAGAUGUGCUCCUUAUUUUGCUAUUGGAGUAGCAUAUACAGAUGUGCUCCUUAUUUUGCUAUUGGAGUAGCAUAUACCGAUA